AUGGCAGGAAAAGUAAAGAAGCGCAGAGCUCCAGCAGCUGCCGAGCUGAAAACCCCGGUUGCCGAGAGCACGGGGGAGCUGGGCCAAGGCCCUCCUGCCAGAGCCAAGAGGAAGCUGGCGCGAAGGAAGGAAGUUGUCCAAAAUGAUGCUGAGGCCCCUCUUGCAGAUUUGCCGGAGGAGCCUGAGCAGAAGCUCUUUCGGACAAACACCUCCUUUUCAAAACUCGGUCUGGCGAAGUGGAUCGUCGAUACAUGUGGAAAGCUGGGCAUGAAUUACCCUACUGAUAUUCAAGCCAUGGCCAUCCCACCUGUGCUGUCUGGUAAGAAUAUAGCCGGAAAUGCACGUACUGGCAGCGGCAAGACCGCAUGCUACAGCCUGCCUAUUCUUCACUUCCUGUCGAAGGAUCCUUACGGCAUCUUUGCCUUGAUUCUCGUGCCUGUACGAGAGCUCGCCUUUCAGGUCGCCGACAAUUUCCGUGCCAUGGGCCAGGCUAUCCACGUCAGCGUCGGGGAGAUUGUCGGCGGACGGGAUUUCUCCAUUCAGAGCAGGCUGAUCGCGGAUCGGACCCAUGUUUUGGUGGCCACGCCUGGAAGGCUGGCGGACCUCUUGCGGGGCGAUUUUGCUUUGGCCAGGGCAUUUCGCAAGCUGCAUACUUUCGUCCUAGACGAAGCAGAUCAACUCCUGACAGAGACCUUCGAGGAUCCUCUCAGCCGGAUCUUGGAAGUGCUUCCGGAGUCACGGCAGACUUUAUUCUUCUCGGCCACCAUUACCGAGUGCAUCGAGAAGUUGAGGAAAGGAAAAGAUCUGAUGCUAGUCGACGCGAACCCGAAGGAGGAGACCUUGCAGAACCUGACUCAACUGUAUGUGUUCGUUCCCAAGUCCGUGCAGGUGAACUAUUUGCACUUUCUGUUGAAAGCACACUUCUCAGACGAGAGCUGCAUAAUCUUUGCCCAGACAAUCGAGGAAUGCCAGAUGUACACCACGAUGUUGGAUAUCUUAGGUUUCGCAGUUACAGGCUUACAUUCCCUGCAGUCACAGAGGCAACGACUUGCAAGCCUCGGCAAAUUCCGAGCAAGCCGUGCCAGCAUUCUGCUGGCCACUGAUGUAGCCAGCCGAGGCCUAGACAUCCCAAUGGUUGGAGUCGUGAUCAAUGUUGGCCUGCCUUUCGACCCUGCCUCCUACGUCCAUCGUGCUGGUCGCACUGCACGUGCUGGACGACCUGGGAAGGUGGUUUCUCUUAUGUCAGAGCUGGAUGUGCCCCGUGUGCAGGGCAUCGAAAAGAGGAUCGGCAAGCAGCUGCAGCUCUUGCCGACCAAAGAGGAAGAGGCGAUCAAGCUUCUGUCCAGAACGACGAAAGCAUAUCAACGCGCAGAGCUGCUGCUGUCAGAGGCGCAGACCACGGUGGCACAGCAGUUCCUGCAGGCGGCUGCCGAUGGGUUGACCACUGGCGCCGUCUCCGCGCUUCGGAAGACGUUGCCGGCUGGCCUACUUGUUCUUUUCCUGUUGUGCACACCGCUGCUGUCGGAACCUACGUACUAUAGGAGCAAGAGCAAGGGCCGGAAAGAAGAGACUGUCCGGCGACACUCUGCUCAUGCUGCCUCCACGAAAGAGGCGAGGACCAAUACUGGAGGCAGUGCAUCGGCCUUCCUCUUCAACGCCUGCGAGCGGAGCGAGCGUCGUGCCUCGUCCAUCAGUGCAGCCACUGAAGCAGCUGUGCAAGCCAUUGCUACAGAGAUCCUGGAAGCACAGGAUGUCGCAGCUGUGCAGAGGAAAGCGGCGCCACAGUCCAGCCAAGAUCUGUGUCAGGCGUUAGCGCCUCGAACAGAGCCACCUGACCCUUGGGCUUCCUCCAGUGAAUCAGAUGCCGAAUCCGAAGCCUCGCAGAAGGAGCUGGCGUCCUCCGCAACUCUAUCAGCGCCGGCUCUUCAGGAUCAG